UUUUCAGCCAGAAAAGAUUCUUCCGCCGCAGCACUACGUACCACGGAAGCUAGGAAAAACGUGCCCUCUCGCCGGACUACUUUGAUAAGGUAGUAAUUCGCCACUGGUUGCCUUGGAAACGUCAAAGAGCGUCUCAAGAUGGCUGCCGUGUUGCCGAUAACUCUUUACGAGUGCGAUGGGCAGGCUCCAGCCCCUAGUAAGGACUUCUAUCAUCUCAUUGUUACACGCACCGAGAUUAUUAUGAGAUACUGGAAAAUAUCUCUCAGAAGUGAAUUUCGAGGAGCUAGACCAGGGGAGGUUAAAGAGUCUCACCAGGACUUUGUGGAUGACCCAACUCUGCAAGCACAGAUUGCAAUCAAUUUUGGCCAGAAUACCCUGCAGUACGUGCUAAACUUGUGCAAAGGUUCCUAUGAUUACCUGGAGCGACUGUCUGAGCCAUUACUUCUUUAUAUAAUGACUUUCCUUGAUCUAGAGGACAUUGCCCUGCUCUCCCAAGUCUCUCACACCUUUCAGAAGCUGUGCAACUCAGACCGACUGUGGGAGCACAUUGUGGAGAGCUCCUGCGACAAAGUUACCCCAGAGAUGAGGGCUCUAGCGCAGGACAUCGGCUGGAAGCAGCUCUUCUACACCAACAAACUGCAGCUGCAGUUACAGCUCCGGAGGCGGAGGAAGAGAGAUGGGGAAGGAGACGGAGUUACUCUGAGUUGCCAUCACCCUCCCUCUUCCCUGCCAGAGGGGCCUGCAGAGCAUUAUGGGAAACUGGAAUGUGGCCACUCAGCCAGUGCCACUGAGAGCAUUUAGAGCACAGUUACGGUCAUUCACAUGUCAUUUGCGAGUGUGUCUGUGUGUGUAUACAUAUUUACAUACUCAUUGUACAUUUUAUUAUACCUGUGUGCUUUUAGAAGUACCCAGAAACCUCCAACAUUUAUUUAUUCCUUUAGCUCAGGGAUUGUAGUUGAGUAACUACACAUUGCCUACAUAAUGCCAUGCCUUCUAUUUCUAAGUGUCUUGCUACUCAGUUAUUUCUCAAGUGCCAAUUUUCCACUUCCCAAAUGGCCAUUAUAAUACAAAGUUAAAGGGGAACUCAACCCAAAACUAUUCUUUUUGACUAAUGGUUUACAAAAUUAGUGGUCAGCACAACUUUCCCUUGUUUGUUAUAGUUUAUACAGAAGCCGUGGCCAGUUCCAUUUUGUAGCUCACACCCUUUCCAGCUAUAGUCAGGUGAUCCCACUGGUGUCUAAUAAAAGGGCAACCAAGUUUGGGAGUUUUACUUUGAAAGCAGCUAGUAAGUUGCAGGUAAAACUUCCCUGUGUAAAAUGUAUAAU